GGGAAACAACAACUUUGACAUGCAAAUUACCGAGAUAUGCUGCCAGGAUGGGGCCCCUCGCUUGCCCACAAAAUCUCCACCUCAAUGCAACGUUCAUGACGUUUGUUUGGUUCGUUAACAUGGAGAAAGAAACAUUUUGCGGAGGGUAGGAUCGGAGUGACCAACUACGUGCCUACUUGGACAGUACAGCUUCUAUAAUUUCAAGAAAAAUAUACUGGGAGUCAUAGGACGUAUUCUAUACCAUGGCACACACUCGAGUGCAUAAGAUCCGUCAUCCUUGACCUGUCCAAAGUACUGGGCAUGACUUGGUAAAGGAACCCGUUCCUUGUUGCCAUCGGUGCUGUUAUCGUGGUAGGGGAUCCCUCCUUGCCCACCAUCAAAAGGAAAAUCAAGGCAACCCCCCACAGUUGGACGGCGGAGAGAUGGGGUAAUGCAGUCUUAUUUGGGGAAGGGGGAGCGAGGGGGCGCUCUGCUAAUUGUGAUGCCGAUCGAGGUACUAGCAUGGGUACUGCUUUGUAUCAAAGAAGAAAAAGAGUGAAAAAGCAAUGAGGCUGUGAAGGGUUCUGUAUCUCUCUUCCUCCCUUCAUCGACCGACUCAACAUCAUGAGGAAAGUGGCAUCAUCAUCUCUUGCCGUGAUCACGGCCCUCGGCCAAGGCCUGGCCUCGACGCUCCCCUCAUGCUCAGUCGAGUCAUUCCAGGAUGCGCUGCCGUCGUAUGCCACCAUUCUAUCCGCAGUGGCUGUCGCAGAUGGGAGCACAUACGGCCAGGGCGCAGCAGACAUCGCCUACCCGACUAAUCCCACCAACCUACCGGCGUCUUGCGCCCUCACCGUCAACGUGACUACCUCGUCGACGUCCAGCUUCCGCUUCGGCAUCUUCCUGCCGGCCCAGUGGAACGGCAGGUUUCUGACAGUCGGGAAUGGCGGCUUCGCUGGCGGCAUCAAUUGGCUGGACAUGGGAGCUGGCGUCCGUUAUGGCUUCGCCGUCGUGUCCACAGACACCGGACACAACUCCACCUCGACUGACGGGACAUGGGCCCUGGACGCUCCAGAGAAGACCCUCGACUUUGGCUACCGCUCCAUCCACGGCACCACGGUGCUCGGCAAGAACUUAACCGAGGCCUACUACGGCCAGCCCAUCUCUUGGUCCUACUACUCUGGCGCAUCCACAGGCGGGAGACAGGGCCUUCGGGAGGCCCAGUACGAUCCCGGCGCCUUCGAUGGCUUGUUGAUAGGGGCGCCGGCCUGGUGGACCAGUCACCUGCAGCCCUGGACCACCAAGCUGGGCAGCCUCAACCUCCCAGCCAACUCGUCGGGCCAUAUCUCCACCGAUCUCUUCGGCACCAUUGGCGCCGAGGUCAUCAGCCAAUGUGACGCUGUAGACGGUGUUGUCGAUGGCAUUGUCAGCUGUCCAGAGAGCUGUCAAUUCAACCCAGCUGCGCUGCUCUGUGGAUCGACAGGCGGUGGGGCCAACGCGACGUCGACCUGCCUGACGCAAUCACAGAUCAACACCCUCCAGAGCAUCUACGCCGACUAUUACGCAGACGGCAGGUUUGCCUUUCCCGGCCUGGAGCUGGGCUCCGAGGCGCAAUGGUCUGUCCUGCUGGGAGGCGACGAACCCAACAACCUUGGGGAUAAUUACAUUCAGGACUUCCUCCUGAAUGACCCGUCCUGGUCCUGGACAGAGUACAACGACAGUCUUCUCUGGCAGGCUGACGCCGUGGACCCUGGGAAUUGCACCGCAGAUCACUACGAGGCGAUGGCUUCCGUCAUGGCGAAAGGCACCAAGAUCUUCAUGUUCCACGGCUUGUCUGACGGCCUGAUCGCGACGAGGAGCUCCAAUGUUUUCUACAGCACUAUUGCCAACGCCACGGGCGGAUAUGACAAGCUGAACAGCUGGUUCAGGCUGUUCAUGGUGCCUGGAAUGCAACAUGUCACCGGUACGGCCGUGGAUGCCCCUUGGUAUUUUGCGCAGCCCAACGGAGCUGCUGUGUUGGGCACCGAUGUGUUCUCGACGCCUGGCUUUGAGGAUGCCCAGCACGACGCCCUCAUGGCCUUGAUGCACUGGGUGGAAGACGGCAAGGCCCCGGACCAGAUUAUCGCCACGACAUGGACCACCUCGACGGACCCCAGCUCUGGUGUGCUAAGGCAGCGUCCAUUGUGCCCGUGGCCUCAAAGGGCCAUGUAUCAAGGUUCUGGGGACGUCAAUAGUGCAGACACCUGGAACUGUACGGCGGCGUAGUAGUAUCCCCAGAUAAACUACCACAGAAAAUCCUACCAUAUUGCUGCUCAUG